AUGUCCCCAUCUUCCUUGGAACCACAUCAGCCCUGUCUCAAGGACCGCAAAAAUGUCCUCCCAUCUGGGGUGGUUGUCCAGUGGGAGGGUGGAUACUUCAAGGAGCAGAUAGGCUUGAGGACUGCUUACCCGUUUCCUGUCUUCAAUAACACCAUACAUUAUUCCAUCUUCAUCCACAGUGGUGACCCCCACCCUGCCCUGGGCCACCCUGGAGAUGCAUAUGUGGACCUUGCUGGAGGCAGGCUCUGGGGAAAAGUAGGGCAGGAUGAGUGGAAGGCAUUUACAUCCAUGCAAUUCAACCUCACCAAUACACAAGUCCUCUACCAUCCCUACUUCCCCCAGAGAAGGCUCCUGCACAUUGAUCCCAAGGGCAAUGUUGUCUGGACGAUCUCAGACACAGCCAGAGGAUGGAAAGCUGAAGCAAGGCAGGGUUUUGAGCGAGCUUUAGCUCGUCUCAUUGAGUGUUACACUCCAAAGCUUGAGCUUGCAUCAUUCCCUGCCACAGAUGUUGAUGGCAGUCCACUCAAUCUUUCCACAGAUUAUAUCACACCCGGUGGUGCUCCCUCGCAUGCCAGAGACUUAUAUCUGUCCACUGGAGACUCCAAGUCAAAGUCAUCUGUUGAGGCAAUUGGUCCUGCCCUUGAAUGGAGGGAGAAGAUGGAUAUUCCAGACCCCCUGGACAUGUUCAAAUCCAGGGAGAUUGUCCUAGAAGUGGCUGGAGAUAGGUUAAUGAAGGAGCCUUCACCAGAGACUGCUCUCACCACACACUUUGACGUUGGAUAUGAUCUCAAGGAUGAUCCAUCCAAUUGGGGGGCCCUAGGGGAUGUCAACGAUUCAUCACUGGGGAUCAACACCGGCAAACACAGACACACCAAGAUGAACUCGUCCAGCCCCGGUGUCUACCCUGGCCAACCGGGUUCAAGGACCACUGUCAAAACAGAUCCCGAGACAUCUGACUCGAAGAACAGCAAUGUUAAUGAGGAGGACUGUGUUUCAAGUGAAGAUGAGGCCUCAUCCGGUCGGUUUCCGCUGUCCUACUGCCGCGCCGACGACCAUCAUCCUGCCAGCAAAGCUCCCGACGUGUGA